GUCGAUUUUGAUAUAUAUAUAAAUAAAUUUAUCGCCAUUUUUCCAUAUUUAGUUUUUUCUUGAAGAAAAAUGGCGACUAUUCAACAAAACUAAUUGGUGACUUUGUGUUUUUGUCGAAUUCCUGAUUUAUGUUACUAAGAAGAGUAAAAUAGAAGACCACUCUCCGGUUUGAAUCAUAAAAAUAUCCACAUAGUUAAGUGAACAUAAUUAUAUAGAACUAUAUUUCAAAGAAUAUGUGGAAUCAAUGGGCUGGUCUUGGGGCUGGUGCUUCAAUUCCGCCAAUACCGGCACCACAAUGUCCACCACCUCAACCACCACCACCAUCCGUUGCACCGCCACCGCCAACAACAGCGCCUCCUCCUACUCCAACAGAACAAACCACACCAAUUAUAGGACCAAUGUUACCUGGUAGUGUGUCUGCAACAAACGUUACUGCGGCAACAUCAACACCAGGUGGACCAUACGGGCAAUAUACUGAAGCGCAGUAUGCUGCACUAACCCCAGAACAACAAUAUGCUUUACAACAGCAUUGGCAGCAAUGGCAGGCUUAUCAACAAGAAUAUGCUAAGUGGCACGCUCAGUAUGGUGAACAGUAUAAAAGGGAAAUGGCUGCGGCAGCUUUAACAGGACAAAGUGCAAAUGUUAAUAACUAUUACCACCAAGCACAAAUUCAAACACAGCAACCGCAAAUACAAUCUAUUCAACAACCUCCACCUCCGCCUCCCUCUGAUGGGCAAACAAAUGUUAAAAUUUCCGGAACUCCUCAAAUAUACACGCAACCACCACCUAUGCCAAUUCAACCACAUUCAUCACUGAGUCAAGUUUUGCCUGUUAAUCAGGGUUCUGCCCCAAUACAUCAACCUCCUCCAGUAGGACCUUAUCCGAAUAUAAAUUAUCCCCAAUGGACACCUUCAUAUCAACAACCGCAACAACAAUUCAAUUAUAAUCAACCACCUCCAGGUUUUAAUCAACAACCAACUAAUUUCGGUCAAAUGCCCAAUUUUCAACAGCCGCCUCCAAUGGUAGCAAAGCCACAACAGAAUUCUAAACCUCAUUCAAUGCCUACCGCACCACAAGUUAUGCAGAAGCAACAGCUGGUUAUGCCAACUUAUGGUAAUCCGAAUAGUAAUUCCAACCAAAUUCGUGGAAGUAAUAACUGUCAAUCAUCCUCUGUUCGGAAUGAUAUUAGUGAUCAAGAUGAAAAUUCAUGGAAAUCUAAUUCAAAUCUGCAAGGCAAUGAAAAUAACAAAAAUCAAGAUGCAGACAAAAUGCAAUGGAAUCACAAUAAAAAUAACUUUAAUAUCAAUUUUGGUAGUACUAGGUCGGGAAAUUCCUGCAUGCCUAAUGAAAGAGCUCCAAAUAACUGGGAUAGAAAAAAUGAAGACCCACAUAAUGCAAAUGAAUAUGAGUUAUCAAAUGAUAAUAUAAAUGCUCCAUCCGAGAACCGAAACAGUAGGGAUGGUUUCGAUAGUCGUUGGAGGAGUGAAAAUGAUAAUAAUAAUGAAGAUCACAUGGAUAAUGUUUCUCAGACUCGCCGAGAAGGUCAAGGAUCCACACAAUGGAAUAAUAACCGUAGUCAAGGUGGCAGCGCAGAAAAUUAUCAAGAAUCAUUUAAUAAUAGUAAUUGCAGGAAUAAUGAUGAUUUCAAUAGUCAAAGGAAUCAGUAUGAACAUAAUGAUCAAAGUGGAAAUCGUUGGGGUAAUAGAAGUGGCCAGUUUGGUAGCAAUGAUAGAAAUGAAAGACAUUUUGCAAACAAUAACUAUUUUAACAACGAACAGAAUGGAAAUGAAAGGAAUUUCGAUGGGCCCAACUUCCUCCAAAACAGAAAUAACACAGUUAAUAAGAGAUUUGGUCAAAAUGACCGAAAUUCUGGUGUUAAUUUCAAACAACGGUCUGGGGACAAGGGUCCGUUUUAUGGACAGCGCUACGAUACUAAUGAUAGAAAUAAUGAUUCGAAUAAUAGCUUUGGUGAAAACAACCACGAUAAUUUUGCUCAGGAUAAUAGAUCUAAUGUAAGGUCUAAUUCGAACGAUCGAAACUUCUCUAAUAGAGACAAUUUCAACAGAUGCUCAGAUAUGAACGAAUUCAACAAUAGCCCACGUAAUAACUUUAGUAUGGGCCCAGACCAUAAUAUUGCAAAUAAUCCAUUUUCAUCGAGUUCUCGUUCAAAUAGUCGAAACCUUAACCCACCAGACAAGGGAGAUUGCUUUGGACUUAAUGGCAAUUUCAAUUCUAAAAAUAAUGGAAAUGGAAAUGGAAAUGUUCGUAAUCACCGCUCAAACGAAAGCUUUAAUAAUAGCUUUAAUAGAUCCAAUUCAAAUGAGAAAAACUUUGGUCCAAAUAAUUUUAAUAGACGAUCAAAUUCAAAUGAACGGAACUUUGGACAGAACACUAUGAAUCGUAAAUCCAAUUCUAAUGAUCGAAAUUUCGGUUCUAAUAGUAAUUACAAUAGAAAGCACAAUACUAAAGAAAAUAUUCAAAAUGUGCGAAAUAGUCAGAAUCAGAUCGAUUGCGAUUUAGAUGCAGACCGUUUGCAAACAGAACAAAAACAACAACGAACUGAUUUGGACGAAAAAAGUUUUGAUCUCCAAUUCCAACGCUGGGAGGAACAGUUCGAGCAAUGGAAACUUGCUAAUGCCAAUCAUCCUGACCGCGAGAUGUAUCGCCGCUAUGAGCAGGAAUUCGAAAAGCAACGUCAACGAAUAAUGGAGCGACGUGAACAAAUGCGGCUAAGAAAAUUACAACAAAUGGGCAAAAAGCCUGAUAUAGGUGAAAAUGAAGCUCAAGACAGCGAUGACAGAUUGUCCCAUAAACGGAAUGCAGAAAGCAAAGCUGAUGAGAAUCCUAAUGAGGAGGUCGCAGAAGUUAUAAAUGAUCAGGACAAGGAAGAAGAAGAUUUAAAUCAACCUGCAUCGGGGGUUCUAGAAGUAAACAAAGUAAAUGAAAAAAUAAAAACACUUGGAAAACCAACAGAACAAGGAAAUGUAGAAACCAAACAAUUGGACGAUGGAAGGCCCAUGGAAAAAGUUGUAAAGUGCUCAACCACAGUUUCGCAAAGCAGUAAUGAUACCUCUACAAAUCAUAAAGCAGAGACAAAAUCAAUUGGUUCACUUGGUAUUUUAGGCAAGCGAAAGAGUCGCUUCAGUGCAGCCACAGAAGAUCCUAAACCGCCAAAAUUAUCAAAUGCUGUUGUAACCGAAAUUAUUUCUCUUGUGGAAGACGAGGAGAAUAACACCGUAGAUUCUCCCGGAGAUAUGUGUAAUAUAUUUGGCAAAUCUGAGGGAAUUCCUGGACUGGAUUUGGUAGAAGGUGGUGGUAAAAUACCAAUAAGUACCGUAGAUGAAAGCAGUGAAAAUAUGCCGUCUAAAGAAACUACUAAACAAGAACAACCAGAUAAACCAAAGGUUAUCAACAAAAUACCUUCACUAUUUGAUGUAGUCGUAGAAAAGCCGACAGAUUUUCUGGGCCCUACAUCCAUUUGCGAUGAUGACGAAGAUGAAAGAGGUGACGGAGGAGGUAACGAUGGCGACGAAGAUUUCCAUGGAGAAAAUCGACGAGAUGAACAGCAAAUACAUCCUCAUAUAUCGAACGCCAUUCCUAAUUUGGGCGAUGCUCUUAGAGACCCUAUUUUUAUGCAGAAAAUUUCACAGGCAUUGGCCAAAGCUCAGGGCAGGGAAAGUGCAGAUCCAAGUUGUGCGCCGCCUCCACAGUUUCUUCAACAAUUGCCUAUGUUACUUCAGCAAUUACAAAAACAAAAAUCUAAUAAUUUUGGCCCGAAUUAUGGUGGAAAUGGUCCAAAUUUCGGUGGACCAAAUUGGGGAGGGCCAAAUUUUAGUGGUAAUCGGCCGAACUUUGGUGGAAACGGUCCAAAUUUCGGAGGAAUGGGAGGUAAUUUUGAUUUUGAUGGACCUAAUUGUGGAAAUGGACCGAAUAGACAAAAUUACAAUAGAAACGGACCCAAUUUCAAUAGAUUUGGUCCGGGUGGUUCAAACUUCGGCGAUGGUUAUGGGCCGAAUUUUCGAGGUGGUGGUCCAAAUUUCGGUGAUGAUUAUGGACCGAAUUUCCAAGGUGAUGGACCAAAUUUCAGUGGUGAUUAUGGACCGAACUUUCGUGGUGAAGGCCCUAAUUUCAGAAGUGGUAACGGUCCAAAUUAUGGUGAUGGUGGCAAUGGUUCGAAAUUCGGUAGGAAUGCACCGAACGAUGACCGACGAAAUUUUGGCAGGAAUAAUAGGAACAUGGAAGAACGCAGAAAUUACAAUUCAUCCCGUCGUGGCGGUGGCGCUGAUAACAAAGGCAGACAAAGUCCAGAUGCUAUAGAAACCUCCAAGUCUUCAUGGGUUGACGGCCCCGGAAAUAAACAAGAUUAUGGAGAUGACUACUUUCGACCUGUACAAGUAAUUGAUUAUCAAAAUACCGCCGUACCAAAACCGAAAGUAAUAGAUUACGGACAUAAAGGAGCUAGUACCACUAUUGAUACUGGUUCUGGUUCUGGUUCUGCGUCUGGCUCCCUAUCGAAUCCCUUCAAUAGAAAUGAGCCCAAUUUUACGGAUGAAUUCAAACCAGUAAAAACUUUUGAAUAUGGACAUGCGUCCAAUCCAACAUCAACAAGAUUCGGCAAUUUACCCAUGAAUGUCAAUCCUAAAAAAAAGAAUAAGAAUAAGAAAAAGAAGAAGAAGAAUGAUAUGACUAAGACUCAACCAAGUCACUUUGGAUCGCUAAAUGAUAAUAAACAACCGUCCAGUAAGCCCACCAUUCCAGGGCAGGAUGGAGAGCAAACUGAUACCGAAAAAAAGAGUGAACACGUGAAUGCACAGGAAUCGGCUGCAGAUCCAAUUGAAACAAUCAGUACAAAUGUGAGUUCACCAAACGGAAAUAAUGAUGAGCUUGAAGCAAUAUCUGACAAUGAAGAGAAUUUGGAGAACAACCGUGAUUGCGAGUCACCCGCCCCACCACCGCCACCAAUGCUAACAACAAACCGAUCUUAUGUCUGUUCAGUACAACAGGACGCCACUGCGCCCACACAGUCGUUGUUCCCAUCGACUGCGGCAGCUAAUGAGAAUGUUGCGCAACUUCCAAGUGGCGCUGUACAAAUGUCAUUUCCCAGUAUUGAGAAUAAGAACACCAUAACCGUUGAUGAGAUUCUGCUCAAACCCGGUCGCCUGACGCGCCCCAAAAAGGUCUGUGUCAUACUGCGGGGGCCGCCUGGCAGUGGAAAAUCAUAUGUUGCAAAGUUGAUUAAAGAAAAAGAAUUGGAAAUGGGCGGAACCAAUCCUCGUGUUUUGAGUAUCGAUGAUUAUUUCUUAAUUGAAAACGAUUACGAAGAACGUUGUCCCAAAACCGGCAAAAAGAUACCGAAAAAAGAAGUUCUAUAUGAGUACGAUGCUGAUAUGGAGGACACUUACAUGCAAUAUUUGAUAAAAUCAUUUAAGAAAACAAUUUCAGAUAAUUUAUACGAUUUCAUUAUAAUCGACUGCAAUAACAAUUCGUUGCGCACGUUAAAUGAGUUUUAUUGCCACUCGAAAGACUCUGGUUUCAUGCCGUAUAUAGUUGAUUUGAUAUGCGACGUGGAGACUUGCAUGAAUCGCAACAUCCACGAACGAUCUGAAAAAGAUGUCAAAGGGAUAAUUGGCAAUUGGAAGCAUACACCGCUGCACUACAUCAAAUUGGAUGUGUCCUCAUUGUUGGAAAAUCUUGUGGAAAUGGAGGAUGCAGAAAAUAUGGUGAUGGAUAAUAACAGCAAUAGUGGUGCGAGCGAUGAUAAUAAUUUGACGCAGACGCAGGCUGACAACGAAACUGAAGAUAGCAACGAGGCGGCUGAUGAUACAGCUAGUUUUGGAUUCUUAAAGAGCAAAUGGGAAAGUGAUACCACCUCAGAAAACCUUGCUCGUUUGGAUGGCACAAAUAAAUUGAUGCAGAAGCGGAAGGCCGCUACAAUGGAGGAUUACCUACAAAUGGACGAAUGGGAACCGCCUAAAACCAAUGCAAAUGGCAAAAAACGGGUUCGUUGGGCGGAUAUCGAAGAGAAGCGCACACAGGAGAAAAUGCGUGCUAUCGGCUUUGUAGUUGGUCAAACCGAUUGGAAGCGUAUGAUGGAUCCAAACGCUGGAAAUCGCGCUCUGAAUAAGACGAAGUAUAUUGAACGUGUUAAUAAGCGGCGAUAGUUUGUACAAAUAUGGCACAUGUGACCAUUCUACAUAAUAAUAGAAGAAAUAAUAAACUAUUAUGAAUAUUAUAUUAAAUCAGCUUAAACUAAAUAGUAAAUACAUAUUUUUUGCAUUCUA